UAAAAAAAUGGCCGAGUUUUCUUCUCUGCAGUGUUCAGUUAUGGGGUUCAGUGUUGGGUUCCUCUUGCUUUCCAUUGUUCUAGUCUAUGCUUCUUCUACAGAUCAAAACAUAGCCGAGGUCUCCCUAUUAUCUUCUUUAGAGAUGGCACCUAUUAAAGAAGCAAGCAUAUGCAAACCCGGGGACAGUUACAAAGAGACGACAUUCAGUGACACUCUAGAAUGUUUCGAAUGUUACAAUUGGUGUAUCAGGUUUUGUGGUUGGGAGAUGCAGAGUAGAGCUGUUCGACAAAUUUGUAAACCUAUAUCUGAUACGUAUUCAGUGUUCUGCCAAUGUUGCUGUGAAAAAAUCCCAUAUUCACCUCCACCAUUACCAUUCCCACCGCUACCAUCACCUCCUUCACCUUCACCCUCACCCUCACCCUCACCUCCACCAUUACCGUUCCCACCGCGUCCUUCACCUACUUCAGCUUCACCUCCACCUCCACCUUUUCAAUCACCUCCUCCACCACCACCAUCAUCCCCACCUCCUACUCCUAAGGGAGAUACAUGUGAUAAACCUGGGGACUCCUACUCAGAAACUACAUAUCCAACCUCGGAUUGCACUUAUUGUAAAGAUUGGUGCAAAGACGAAUGCUCAGAUCUAGGGGGUGAAGUGGUUAGUAACAAAUGCUCAAUUGGUGAAUCCAAAUUUGUUAGGCGUUGCAAGUGCUGCUGUCAUGAAAACCCAGUACCCAGACCACCACCUCCACCAAGUUGUCCUACACUUGGUUGCCCUAUGGACUUGACAGUUACACUACCAGGUCUGGGUUCAUGCAAAUACAAACUAGUAUCACUGACGUCCCGGCUAGCAUUAGCAAUGUAAUGAUACAAGCUAGUAUUAUCCCCAUUGUGAUCUUUAUUAUCAUCACUAUCAAUGUAACGAAUAUCGAAUCGAGCACUUGCUGAUUUCGAUUUCCAUUAAUAAAUACUGUUAGCUGUAGUAGUCAACGAAAUCCGGA